CUGAAUCCACCCGAAAGAUACCCAAACUCUAGCCCCUUCAACGGUUCUUUCUUCCAUUUUCACAAGUUCGCAAAAUCCCAGCACUGAAACAGGCCGGCCAUGGAUACAACACCUCCGUCUCAUCGUUCGAGCAGAACAAGAUCGGCUUCAAGACUCUCCCCGCUCCGCUGUUUCAAUGACCUCGAAUUCGAAACUCUAAAUGUGGGGCCCUCUCCCUCACACUCACCUUCUGUUUCAUCUCCGAAGCCCCCUAAUAGCGUACCGAUCCGCGAUAUAUUACUUAUGUCGCCUUCUCUUGUUCGUAAGAAGAGUUCCCUUUCGGCCGAGAAGCUUGAAAUAGCUGACAAUGGUGUGGAGCUCAGCGGAGGUCGCAGGAGAUCCAGGAUUAGGAAUGUGGCCUCUCCCAGAAGUUGCAGGAGAUCGAGAAGGAGGUUAGAGAUAGAAUUGGUGAAAGAAGAGAAAGAUUUGGGAUCGGGAGAACAAAUUCAUAAGCCGAAGAAGAAGAAGCACAGUGGUAGAUAUAAGAAAGAUAAACUUGGCUUAGUUCCAAUACCAUCUCCAAAAUCAAUUGAAGGUGAAGGGGAAAAUCUGGAUAGAAUAAGUGAGCAGAUAUAUGAUCUGGUGUUGUGGAGGGAUGCAGCAAAAUCAAGCCUUUGGUUUGGGUUUGGUUCUCUCUGUUUUCUGUCUUCUUUUUUUGCCAAUGGAGUUAGCAUAAGUGUUGUUUCUGUCGUGUCGCAAGUUGGCCUGCUGUUUUUGGUAGUAUCAUUCUUCUCAAAUACGUUUCGUCCUAGCGACAAUGUUGAAGUUAAGCCGGAAAGAAGGCUUACAGAAGAAGAUAUUCGUAGAAUUGCGAGAUUGAUACUUCCUUCAACAAAUCUUGCAAUCUCGAAGACAAGGGAGUUGUUUUCUGGAGAGCCUGCCAUGACCCUAAAAGUAAUACCAUUCCUUCUGGUUGGAGCUGAGUGUGGCCAUCUGUUUACUCUGUGGAGACUAUCUGCAUUUGGGUUUUUCAUCAGCUUCAUUGUCCCAAAAUUAUAUUCGUCGUGCUCUAGCCAAAUAUGUAUAAAAGCUGAGAGCUUUAAAGAUUGGGCCGUAGAGAGAUGGGGAGGUUGUUCUUACAAGAAGACUAUAGCAGCAUCUGUAUUGAUUGCCUUUUGGAACCUUACCUCUAUCAGAACCCGCAUAUUUGCUGCAUUCAUAUGCUUUGUAGUAAUUAGAUAUUGUAGACAGAACUCAGAAGAAAAAGCUGAAGAAGAGACUGUUAUAGGAGAAGUAAAAAAGAAAAGAGAUGAAAAUGAAGAUCACAAGGCAUUGAUUGUGUUUGAAUGAAUUCCGCUUGGCAUUACUUCUUGUUUUUUUUGUAUAAAAAUGAAAUCCUCUGUACCUCAAUAUUUGGGCCAUAGUUGAACAAAUAAAUUGGUGUGCAUCAUCUUCAUAUCCAAUGAAAUCUUAUACUUGGUAUAUGAGGUAAGGGUCAGAUGGUACUCGAAGUUGCAUAAAAAGGGUCAAAUAAGUUGGAGGCUUUGUCCCGUCGUCGCCAUUUGGGGCGGUUCUAGGUGAAAUUUUUUGACGAAAGUUUUUGAAACUUUACUCAUACCAAAUUUCAGAUAAAUAUUCAACCGGGAAGACAUUCAAAUGAAUUCUUGAAGAUAACUGCACGGUUAAAAGCGCAUUUAUCUUCACGAAUUCAUUUGAAUGCCUUCCCAAUUGAAGUUUUAGCUGAAAUUUGGUAUGAGUAAACUAGACAUAAUGAAUAAGAUGCACAAACAAUUUUAUCAAAAAAUUCCACCGGGAACUGCCUAUAAUGGCGACGGCCGGAUAUUAAGAACUUAUUUCACCUUUUUUAUGCAACUUUGAGUAUCAAUCUGACCCUUACCUCAUAUAUAGAAAGAUUUAUCUACAAAAGAAGAAGUGUGAACACUACUGCAGCAGUACGGAGUAGUAGUUUACUACCCAACUAUUGAAACUGAAUGAAUAUUAAUAAUUAACAUUAAUAUGAUAGAACCAAAGAUUCAUUAUUUUUUGUCUUGAGAAUAUGAUGAAAUAAAGCAAAAUGACCCACUAAACUGUCUGCUCUUCUUUGUUAUGAAGCAACCGUCAGUCCAUGCAAUUUUGGACGCGAUUUUCACUAUGGAUCAUCCAGAAACAGUUUCUGUGCUUUAGUACAGGGGUAAGACUGUGUACAUCCGACCCCUUACCCCACUGUAGCCUGUAGGUGGGAGCCUUUGCGACACCGGGUUAAAUGAAAAUGAAAUGACGGUAUCUCCCUAGUACGGGGUAGAUAUUAAGGCUGCGAUCUUUUUGUUGAUUUGAUAGAACAUCACGUUAUCUGUAAACUGUAGUUGUUUUGUUUGAUGUAGUUCAAGUAUAUUUGUCAUAAUCGGCUGGCAAAUCACAAUCAAAUUAGUUAUAAUCGUCAGCGCAUGUGAAAAUAUAUGAGAUUCAAAAUAUACGAAGUAUGAGAUUCAAAUAUUAACCCAUGUGAAAGUAUAUUUGUCAUAAUCGGUUGACUCGGUUGGACAUACUCACAUACUCCCUCCCAUUCACCAAUUUUGACUGCAUGUGAAAAUAUAUGAGAUUCAAAUUUUUGCUUGUAGAGAUCACAAAUUUUUUACUUUAAGAAGAA